AUGUCGUCUCUAAAGCUGCCCCUGCAGCAACAGGGCCACGAGCUCUGUGAGAAGGGUGAUUUCGAGAGAGCUGUCUCAGCUUUUUCUGAGGCCUUGCUCAAGAAGAACGCGGACGUCAUCAGUAUUCUGGACUCUCGGUCAGCGGCCUACUGUGCACUCAAGCAGUAUGACAAAGCACGUCGAGAUGCGAAAACAAUGAUCGCACAGGCCCGACAGGACGCACGAGGCUACAUGCGGGGCGCCAAAGCUCUGCUGCUCGACAAACAGCCUAAAAAGGCAUUGGAGGUCUAUGCCUAUGGUCUCAAAGUACUCGCAAGUGGAAAUGCAGGACGCCCGCAACUGGAAAAGCUGCACAAGAAGCUCGAGGAUCACAUUCUCAAUGCGACCAAGCGGAUUGAUCCAUUCUCAAUGUUCCCCGUUGAGAUCGCAGCUUUCAUUCUCCAGCACUUUUCCUUCAGGGAGCUCUCAGUCAUCCUCAUGGUAUGCAAAGGCUGGGCGAGAUUUUUGGGAGGUAUCCGAGACCUGUGGAUGAAAAUCGACUUUUCCGGCGCCCGUCAAAAGGUGAAAUGGAACGCUGUGCGGGCGGCGAUCCGCUAUUCCAGGGGUGCGCUUACCCAUGCUACAAUCAAAAACAUGGCUCUGUCGUCAAUGCCCCAAACCCUCGAUUACUUGAGCAGGUGCUCUUACUUGGAGCACCUGGAACUCUUUAUCAACCACUCUGGGAAUGAUAUCUUCCAGAAAUUCAGGAACUGCAAGCACCUGAAAACCAUCAUUUUCUCGGCUGAGAUAGGGGUGACAAAAAACGAGAUCAGCAAGUUCCUCGCCCAUUUCACGAAACUCGAGCGCAUUGAGUUCUGGAACGUGAGGAGCUCAAUCCUGCGAAUUCGGCCCGAGUGGCCUACAUUCCUCCCCAAUAUACGGAGCAUUACACUAGCCACGCAGGAGAGCGUUCCAAGGUUCGAUCCGAAUGCGUUGACGCUUCCUGGUCUGGAUAAUAAUAAAGCCGGGGCGCCGACAUACCCAAAUCUACAAGAGCUCCGAUUGGAUUGGGAACCCCCGAUUUACCAUCGAUGGUUUUUCUUCCCCCAGACAGACCCCUUCGAUGGACCAACCACUGGCGCCCUUUGGCCCCUCCGACGCCUCGAAUUAAACGGCUUAACGAUUUCACAAAACUUCGCCCGCAUCCUACCUACUACCCUCGAAUACCUCAGCCUCAGCGGCGGAUCCGCGAUGACCCAUCACUUCGAUGAACCUAUUCCCAAACUCACAAAACUCCACACUCUCAAGCUCAAGGACACUCGCUGGAUGGGGCCUGGUACGCUUCCAUAUUUACUGGCUUACACCGAAGCUCCACUCCGUGUCUUGCACAUCGAAGAGGCCCCUCGUUCUGCCACCGACGCUCUGAGGAUCGCUCUUUCUGACGCCUCGGCAUGCAAUCCGGAAUUAUUCAAGUUGGCCGAGUUGAGCCUCGCAUCCACGCAGGGGGUGAACUACGAUUUCGUCAAGUGGAUCAGCUCACACUUUAUGGAUCUCAGGGUCCUUGAUGUAUCUCGGACGCCUAUCACGGGUCUGACCAUCCGCGAUUUCGCCGUCGCGAAGGUAACAACCGGACAGCUUGCUCUACCGAACUUGGACUGCCUUAUUGUUAGGGGGUGCGAAUUUGUGUCUUCUGACGCGGUCGAGUUUGGGCGUCAGCGUGGAUUGCAGGUGAUCACUUGA